AUGGCGCCAUUGCUCGGAACAUGGGAAGAAGAAGGGACAUCCUCGUCACACAAACUUCCAAAUGAGGCUCCGUCCGCAAAAAAUGUUCUGUAUGUCGACGCGUACGACUCAUUCUCUUACAAUGUGGUCGCCAUGCUUGAAGAGACACUCGACGUCCGAGUAACUGUCAUAACUAUUGACUCCGACUGGCCGAACGGCAACAUGAACGACUUUCUCCGAAAAUUUGAAGCCAUCGUCUUGGGUCCUGGUCCCGGUGACCCUAAUCUGCACAAGGACGUUGGAAUCAUGCGAGAUAUCUGGAAUCUGCAGGACAGCGAGCUUCUUCCAGUGUUCGGUAUCUGCCUAGGCUUCCAGAGUCUGUGCCUGCAUCAUGGGGUGCCGAUUCAGCGGUUACCUUACCCACUCCACGGACAGGUUCGUCUCAUCUCCACAGCGGGAAGAGAUAUCUUUGACAGCCUACCUGAUAUGGAGGUCACCUUGUACCAUUCGCUCUACGCCAAAUUGGACGGGUUGGAUAGGUCUCAGGCUGCGCAAUCUAAUCACCUGGAUUUUCUGGCUUGGCUCCCUCUUGAGUUAGAGUCCGGGUCAAUUAGCCAGAUUGCAAUGGCGGUCUGUCAUCGGCAAAAGCCCUUUUGGGGCGUUCAGUUCCACCCGGAAUCAUGCAAAUCGGAAAGGGAUGCCUGCAAGACAUUGUUGCUGAAUUGGUGGCGCAAAGCUCUUACAUAUAACAAACUUGUAGGACGGGGAGGGGCUGCGACCCUGUCUGACACAGCGAUCACGAAAUUUGGAGAGCCAGAUUCUUUCCCUGAGAUAGCACAUGAGAUGCUUCGCUGGAGUGCGUCAACAUCGUCUUCCUCGGCCUAUCGUUCCCUCCCACUUGGUCCUUUGACUGCGGAGUCGGUCAAUGAGCUGUUCAACAAGCCCGGAUUUCCGACUGCUUUGUUCCAGUCCAAUGGCUGCUAUACGAUCAUCUCUGUUCCCAGUUCUGGGUCCUGGCGAUUCGAAUACAGAACCGAGCCUCAAAAGUUGACCAUGUAUCAGGUUGGUGGCGCCGAGCCUUUGGUUUUGGAAGCCACCUUGACGGUGACUCAGCUGUGGGAUGCACUUCGCUACUUGAUGGACAAGAAGCGAGUCGAUGCUGGCUGCCCAGAGACACCUUUUUGGGGCGGUUUCCUGGGGUAUUUCUCAUAUGAGCUUGGGCUAGCCUGUCUUCCUCAUCCAAAGGACUCGCCGCAGCCCGCUUACUCUGACGUACCCUCAGAUUGUCAAAAUAGCGAGGACACACCAGCCGACGUCAGUCUUUUGUGGUGUGAAAGAAGCAUUGUCAUUGAUAAUGCUUCUGCGAGAGUUGUGAUACAAUCUACAUCUGCCGCAGAUGACACGUCACACGGUUGGUUAGACGAGAAACUGCGACUUCUCCAAGAGAAAUCCUCGUCGGUCCCAGAAGACGGAGCUGCCGAUAGUCAAUUUCUGGACUCAAUACUCCAGCACGUGCAGUUCAAUUUCCCGCAAGAAGAGGUAUACAAGCAAAAGAUUGAAGAAUGCAAAGCCGAGCUCGAAGCAGGAGAAUCUUACGAGUUGUGCCUCACAUCUGAAACCUCCAUCAUCCUACCCACUCCAAAGUCGCAUGAAGAUCAAGCCAUCUUCCCCUGGAAACUAUACAAAAAACUCAGAAAAUACAACCCAGCCGCGUUCAGCGCAUUCGCUGACCUCGGUCGCACCAAGAUCGCCAGCAGCAGUCCUGAAUGUUUCCUCAACUGGGACCGCAGAUCCAUGCUUGAAAUGAAACCCAUGAAAGGCACCGUCCGCAAAACACCCGAGAUGACCAUGUUAAAAGCUCGUGAAAUCCUCAGCACAACAAAAGAAAUGGCCGAAAACCUCAUGAUUGCCGAUCUCAUCCGCCACGACUUGUACGGUAUUUGCGGAUCUGGCAGCGUCCACGUCGAAAAACUUCUCGAAGUCGAAGAUCACGGCCGAGUCUACCAGAUGAUCACACACGUCAAGGGCGAAGUACGGCCUGAAAGCCUGGGCCAUGCAGUGCGGCAUAUGUCUCAGCUGAAGUCCUCCAAUAUGGCGGUCCAUGGUCUCACAGCGCUCCAGCGUUGUCUCCCACCUGGCUCUAUGACCGGUGCGCCCAAAGAGCGAUCAUGCAUGCAUCUCCGCCACAUUGAGUCUCGCAAACGAAGUAUCUACUCCGGGGUGAUGGGGUAUCUGGAUCUGGGGGGCGGAGGCAGCUUCUCGGUCCUGAUUCGAACUGCCUUUACCCAUGUACCAGAGCAAAAUGCUGUGCCUGAACCGUACCAGACAUGGAAAAUUGGUGCCGGGGGUGCUGUCACUACGCUGAGCACAGCAGAGGGUGAAUGGGAUGAAAUGUUGACCAAGUUGCGAACGGUCUGUAAUGUCUUCAGAUCAUCACAGAACGUCUCGUGA